AUGGACCUAUUUUACGAGCUUGAAACCACUCGGCUCGCUGGCUUCCCGCUCUCCGCCGGUGGGUGGCGGCGCCGGACUGCAGGCGCGCUCCGGCUGCAGGACUGCUAUAAGAUUGGUCGUGAGCUGGGCCGCGGACAUUUCGGCGUCGUGCGCGAGUGCGCGGAUGCGCGCACGGGGGAGCUGUUCGCGUGCAAGACCAUUCUCAAGGACAAAAUUCAGCGACCCGAGGAUCUCAAGGAGCUCCGCGCGGAGGUGCUCGUUCCGCUGCUGCUGCAGGCGGAAACGCCGUCGGCUGCGGAGGAGAAGGGGUUACCUGGUGCGCGGCGUGCGCCUAUUGCGGCGGGCAUCGUGCGCCUAUUCGAGAUUGCGGAGGACGAGUCCGCGCUGCACCUCAUCGUGGAGCACUGCGCGGGAGGGGACCUCUUCGACCACGUCGCGCGGAACAAGCGCCUGACGGAGCGCGAAGCCGCGGAGAUCUUUCGCCAGAUAGUCUCCGCCGUACUGCGCAUGCACACGCGCGGCAUCGUUCACCGCGACCUUAAGCCCGAAAACAUUCUCCUUCUCCGCACGCCCUCCGCCAGCUGCGCCUCAGCCACUCUAGCCAGCGCAGCUGCCGACGCGCGCGCCGACGCGACUUCCGCUGAAUGUUGCGCGGAGGUGCGCGUGGGGGACUUCGGGUUGGCGCAGCAGCUGACGCGCGCGCGGCCGCGGUUGCGCGGACUGGCGGGGAGCCCGUUUUACAUGGCGCCAGAAAUUGUGCGCGGAAAGGAAUACGGCGCGGAGGUUGACGUUUGGAGCCUGGCCUUCUGUGCCUUCUGCCCCCCCCUCCCCUUCUUCCCCACUCUCUAUCAACAACUCCCUUCCUCCCUCGGCCCCUUCCUCUCCGCCUCCCUCUUUCACUCUCUCACUACCAGCCCAUCUUCCUCAACCUCUUUCCCUUUCUGCCACACCUACUGUCACAUCCCUUAG